AUGGAGAGAUCGGCGUCUGUGGACGGCCGUUUCGGUGGUGGCAACCAGUUUUAUUCUCCAUCAUUCUCUUCCUCUUCUUCUCUCAGACAUGUCAACUACAGUUGUGGAUCUUGCGGGUACGAACUGAACCUGAGCUCUACAAAUCGGAUCACGUCCUCGAUCGGAUCCAAGUACGGGAAAUCCAUCAAGAGUGGAAUCAUAUCUUUCUUCAACAUCGAUGAGGGUAGAUUCAGUCAGGUCGAUGAGUUCCAAUGCAUGCCUCAUUUCUCCAGAUACUCUUGGGGUUUGUUCAGACGCAGAACUAAGCUUCUCUGUCGCAAAUGUAAUAAUUAUAUCGGCAAUGCUUCUCAGGAGAAGACUUCCGGAUACGCACUUGUAACACAGAACUCCACUUCGCCAAACAAUGGUGUCACUGGUACUACUGUAAACAAGUACGAUAUCAGGAUUCGCGCGCUUCAACCCUCUUCGAAUCUCGCUUCACUGUGA